GAUGCCUCCCAGGCCAUCCUCAGGGGAGCUAUGGGGCAUCCACUUGAUGCCUCCAAGGAUCCUGGUGGACUGUCUGCUGCCCAACGGGAUGAUCCUGACUCUGGAGUGUCUCCGCGAGGCCACGCUCAUCACCAUCAAACAUGAGCUGUUCAAGGAAGCCAGGAAAUAUCCCCUCCACCACCUCCUGCAGGAGGAGACAUCCUACAUCUUUGUCAGUGUUACACAGGAAGCGGAGCGGGAGGAGUUCUAUGAUGAGACUCGGAGGUUGUGCGACCUCCGACUCUUCCAGCCCUUCCUCAAGGUCAUUGAACCAGUUGGCAACAGAGAGGAAAAGAUCCUCAACAGAGAGAUCGGUUUUGCCAUCGGUAUGCCUGUGUGCGAGUUUGACCUUGUGAAAGACCCGGAGGUUCAGGACUUCAGGAGAAACAUCCUGAAUGUUUGUAAAGACUCGGUGGAGCUCAGAGACGCCAGCGGGCAUCACAGUCGAGCCCUGUACGUUUACCCCCCCAACAUCGAAUCCACACAGGAACUUCCAAAGCACAUCCAUAGCAAACUGGACAAAGGUCAGAUUAUUGUUGUGAUCUGGGUGAUUGUUUCGCCGAACAAUGACAAACAAAAGUACACACUGAAGAUCAACCACGACUGCGUGCCUGAGCAGGUGAUUGCAGAGGCUAUUCGUAAGAAGACCCGCAGCAUGCUGCUGUCGCCGGAGCAGUUAAAGAUGUGUGUUCAGGAAUACCAGGGCAAAUACAUCCUCAAGGUGUGUGGCUGUGAUGAGUACCUACUGGAGAAGUACCCCAUCAGUCAGUAUAAGUAUAUCCGCAGUUGCAUCAUGCUGGGCAGGUUGCCUAACCUGAUGCUCAUGGCAAAGGACAGCCUUUACAGCCAGUUGCCAACGGACAACUUCGUCAUGCCGUCAUACUCUCGACGCAUCUCCACGGCAACCUCCUAUAUGAACGGCGAGGGAGCGGCCAAGUCGCUGUGGACCAUCAACGGGACGCUGAGAAUACGAAUCCUCUGUGCCACAUAUGUUAAUGUCAACAUCCGGGACAUAGACAAGAUUUAUGUCAGAACCGGCAUUUACCAUGGAGGUGAACAGAUGUGUGACAACGUCAACACACAGAGAGUUCCCUGCUCCAACCCCAGGUGGAACGAGUGGCUCACAUACGAUAUGUAUAUCCCAGACAUCCCCCGAGCUGCCAGACUCUGCCUCUCCAUCUGCUCCGUCAAGGGCCGGAAGGGAGCGAAGGAGGAGCAUUGUCCAUUAGCGUGGGGAAAUGUCAACUUGUUUGACUACACUCAUACUCUGGUGGCCAACAAAAUGGCUCUGAACCUCUGGCCUGUCCCUCAUGGCCUUGAAGACCUCCUCAACCCCAUCGGAGUCACUGGAUCUAACCCCAAUAAGGAAACGCCAUGUUUAGAGCUGGAGUUUGACCACUUCAGUAGUCCAGUCAAAUACCCAGAUAUGAACGCAGUGGAGGAUCACGCAAACUGGACCAUCUCCAGGGAGCUGGGAUUUAACUACAACCACUCUGGACAGAAUAAUCGUGUGGCCAGGGAUCACGCCCUGACAGACAGCGACACGGAGCAGCUGAGGCAGCUGAGCAACAGAGACCCUCUGUCAGAAAUCACUGAGCAGGAGAAAGACUUCCUCUGGAGACACAGGCACUACUGCAUGAACAUCCCUGAGAUCCUUCCCAAGAUCCUCCUCGCUGUCAAAUGGAACUCCCGGGAUGAAGUAGCACAGAUGUACUGUCUGUUAAAGGAGUGGCCAUCCAUCCGUCCUGAACAGACCAUGGAGCUGCUGGACUGCAACUAUCCAGACCCCAUGGUCCGACACUUUGCUGUUCGCUGCCUCGACAAAUACCUGAGCGAUGACAAACUGUCUCAGUACUUGAUCCAGCUUGUACAGGUCUUAAAAUAUGAGCAAUACCUCGAGAAUCCUCUGGCCCGCUUCCUCCUCAAAAAGGCCCUGACCAAUCAGAGGAUCGGACAUUUCUUCUUCUGGCAUCUCAAGUCGGAAAUGCACAAUAAGACGGUGAGCCAGCGGUUCGGGCUGCUGCUAGAGGCUUACUGCCGGGCCUGUGGCAUGUACCUCAAACACCUGAGCAGGCAGGUGGAGGCCAUGGAGAAGCUCAUUAACCUCACCGACAUCCUCAAACAGGAGAAGAAGGAUGAGACGCAGAAGGUCCAGAUGCGGUUUCUCGUGGACCAGAUGAAGAGGCCGGACUACAUGGACGCGCUCCAGAACUACACCUCUCCUCUAAACCCUGCGCACCAACUGGGAAACCUGAGGUUAGAUGAAUGCAGGAUAAUGUCAUCAGCAAAGAGGCCACUGUGGCUGAACUGGGAGAAUCCUGACAUCAUGUCCGAGCUCCUCUUUCAGAACAAUGAGAUCAUCUUCAAAAAUGGAGAUGACUUGCGACAGGAUAUGCUGACGUUGCAGAUUAUUAAAAUCAUGGAGAACAUUUGGCAGAAUCAGGGACUGGACCUACGGAUGCUCCCCUAUGGCUGUCUGUCCCUGGGAGACUGCGUGGGUCUCAUCGAGGUGGUGCGGAGCUCCCACACCAUCAUGCAGAUCCAGUGUAAAGGAGGCUUGAAGGGAGCCCUGCAGUUCAACUCCAACACUCUGCACCAGUGGCUUAAGGACAAGAACAAGGGAGAAAUGUAUGACUUGGCUGUGGAUCUGUUUACCAGGUCCUGUGCAGGCUACUGCGUAGCCACAUUUAUCCUUGGGAUAGGAGACAGGCACAACAGCAACAUUAUGGUUAAAGAUGAUGGACAGCUGUUUCAUAUAGAUUUUGGUCAUUUCCUGGAUCACAAGAAGAAGAAAUUUGGCUACAAGAGAGAGCGAGUGCCCUUCGUUCUGACUCAGGACUUUCUCCUCGUCAUCACCAAGGGAUCCCAGGAGUGCACGAAGACCAAAGAGUUUGAGAGGUUCCAGGAGAUGUGUUAUAAAGCCUACCUGGCCAUCCGGCAGCACGCUAACCUCUUCAUCAACCUGUUCUCCAUGAUGCUGGGCUCCGGCAUGCCCGAGCUGCAGUCGUUCGACGACAUCGCCUACAUCAGAAAGACUCUGGCUCUGGAGAAGAGUGAGCAGGAGGCCUUGGACUACUUUAUGAAACAGAUGAAUGAUGCUCACCACGGAGGCUGGACCACGAAGAUGGACUGGAUAUUCCACACCAUUAGACAGCAUGCACUAAACUGAUCUCCUCGUGUCACAGGAGCUUCAGUUCUGUUACAGCGCACAUUACCAACAGCUCACUGACAAGGACAGUUCCAUUUCGGUUCAUUUUUAACAGGGUUUCUUUCUUGGCAUAAUCAUGUGAUGAUGCUCUCUCCCUGGAAGCGAGUUUCCUUCCCGUCCUGCCUGGUGAAGAUAUGUCCGUCCUGGUUGAUGCUUGUGUCCAUGGCUACUAGGCUUCCUUUGUUUUCUUGCCCAACACGAUCAGACUUGGGUCCUAAGGAAACGUUACCUCUUACUCAGCUUCUUCUGGAGGAAACACAAACUGGACAAAACAGCAUAAAGACGACGUUUGUGCUGAAUUCUAAAUGUAGCCACUUGCUGCACUUUCGACGCUGCACCGUGGCUCCACCGUAGACAGGAGGUGCUUGGGAAACCCUUUUUAGUCUUAGCACUGCUGAGGAGGCAGUGGGCACAAGGAACUGUCGAAAUGAUCUGACACGUGCAGGAUUACACGUGCAAGACUACCACUUGUACAGUCUUCCACCUUCUGAGGAAUCUGCAGAGCUCAGAAACUUCCCUGCAGCUUUGCAGUCUCCCAUCAAAGAAGCAGCACUCUACUCAUGGGAAAAGUCGCUUUUAAACUCCUGCAGAAACUUCAGGUUGAUGAUGCCUCUCCAUCAAAAAAACAGCACCUAGAACUACCAGAAUAAUAUACAGAUUUAUUAUGACCUUUUGACAUUUAUUUAUGUAUCUAGUCUCUUUCAGUUUCUACACAGGAAAAUCCCUGACUCCACUCUCCACACAUCAUUGUUUGUGUAAAUGUAUUAGGAGUUUUCUUUUUACUGCAGCUGCAACGGCUUCCCCCGGUUUUUCUCAACUCAUUCGUAAACGAAGACUUCUAAUCUUCUCUUUUUGGUUCGCUCACUUUCAAGUUCAUCUCAUUUGACGGUGACAGACACCCAAUUUGAGUCAUUUUGGCUUGUUUGCAGCCCCGUUAUGAAAUCUAAACAUUAAGUUGUAUUGGAAUUUGAAAUGAGAAGAGCAAAAGUGCCACUCUCCCAUUUUUGUGGAUAAUGGGACAUGUUUUCUACGCCUUUGGCUGUUUGAAUGUCAGCGAGCAGGGAACCAGGGUCACGUCUUCCUGUUGAUAAAAUGCCUUGGCGUCACAGCACAACAUUCUACGACACUGCACAUCGUUCAUCUCCUGUAAAAUCUGCCUGAGCAAGUUGUAGGCAGCAAACAGCAGCAGCACUGUUAACAUGAAGCAUGGCAGGUUGUAGGAAAUGCUAGAUUUGACCUUCAUCGGGGUUUUAUUUGUACUGUAUUUCUAUUGAUGAUCUUCAUCACGUCCCCCAUUAGAAUUUCUUUGAAAUGUUGACUCAUGGACAAAGUGCAUUUGAACUUGUCAAUGGACAACGUUCCUCUGAGCCUGAAGCCCUGGCUGUAUUUGAGCCCCACCUCCUCUGGACAGAUACUGUGAAAGCCAAUUCUCUUUUUAUAUAUUUGUUUCAAACAGAAGCAUUUGAUCAUGUGGGUUUUUGAAAGUGUUAAAGUCACAGUGAAGUUGUUAGAAUGUCUGUCAAGUGAAGCAGCAUGUUGGGAAAAGGUUUUGAAUGAAUUUGAAGAGCGACACAGGACUGUCCUCCCUUCAAUGAAUUUGGUUCCAGCUACAUUCUGGUAAUGUAAACAAAGUCUUGCCAACUGAAAAUCCAUAAACACAUGGAGGCAGAGUUGAGCAGAGUUCACUCACAUUUCAUUAAAUUAAUGUGUGUUCAUGCCCCUGACUUUACAUCACAAUGUUUUACAGCAAGACAACUGAGAAAGUAUUUUAAAGUAAAAAAUAAGAGAUUAACACAAUUAACACAGAGGCAGGAUCACAGCUGGGAAAAGGCUGCUCUCUGGAGAUGAUUUGAGAUGAUUUAAAAAAAGUUGCACAGACAGUUCCUGUGUUGAGAACCUGUUGGAAGCUGUGUGGUUUCCUCAGAAGGAAGAGAAGAUCCUUACAAGCCUCUGACGCCCUCACACAUGUAUCUAGGACACGUGUGUGUGUGUGUGUGCAUGGCUAAAUCAACCCUAUACUAUGAAGCUCUUGUCAGUGGAAAGGAAAGUCUGCACUUUGCCAGUUCAACCGUUGAUUGUAUUGAAAAGCCAAAGUCCUGGUCUGUUCUGAUGUGUGUGUGUGAUGUCGUAUUAUUGCAGAUUUAAUGGCUAGAAUGUAUUUAACCACUAACAUAGACCUGACGUGCACUUCUAUGAUUUCUCAUCGGCCAUGUUCUCUUCCUUGAGUCAGAUGCAGUGCCACUGAGCGUAGGCUGUUGUUGCUACGCCGUUCAUUUGCCAUUUUCACUCUUAACGUGCCAAACCAGGUCUGAGAACAUGAGGCCUUUGGAGGUCAAUGCUGGACUUGCAUCAUGCCGUAAAGUCAUAUCAGUUAGAUCCUUUUUUUUUUAAAGAAAUGGGAGGUUGGUGUAUGCACUAAAUAUGUUUUCAAUGCCUUUUUUGUUUUGAAGGAGUCUGUGAGAGUAGCCUAGUGUGCAUGUCUCCAAGCAGCAUCACCACCAUGUAGGGUGAACAUUCAGAAGUAUGUCUGUGCAGCUACAGUCUUUCUCUAUAGGAGGCUUCAUGUGUGACAAACCCUCGAGUGUUUAUAGAGAUGGACGACGCAGCUCCACUUCCUCCCACUGUCCAGAAUGGUCCCGAAUGUAAAGGGCAGCUGCAGCAGUGAGGUUCCCCCCCGAAACACGAGCUCAACCAAUCGUGAGUCAGCCUCUGUCCGUGUCAAUCAUGUUUCACUCUGUUAGAAACAAUAUUAAUUUGAUGUGUGUUUUGACUUGUUGUCAACAUAUGCUCGCAUUGAAGAGGUGGGGUGUAGUAGCAGUACUGCAGCCAGCCACCAGGAGGCGAUCCAGACAAUUUGGCUUAAUUUUUGUGGAGCUGUCAUGUCGUCCAUCUUUAGGAACAGUCUAUGUGACAAACCUGUGGUGUUAUAAGUAUUCUCUUUUGCCAUAUAUCCUCUAAUUGGUUAGUAUGAGUGUGUGUGUGUGUGUGUGUGGAUCAAUUAUCUGUCUGUACAGGUUGCAGAGCUUCAUUGGCAGGUCCCAGUGAAAACAUGUGUGUGUGUCUGUGUGUGUGUGUGUGUGUCCAUGUGUGAGAUGACACUGAACUGUUGCAGUGAUGGCGUCUCUAAAAGUUUUUAUUUCUGUGCCACAGAAAAGCUUCAGGAACAAACACAAAAGAAGGGAAACGUGUUUUGUUUGUUUUUCUGUUUUCAUACUUCAGUUGUAAAUGUUUUACUUGAAAUGUCAUGAAUCAGAUCGGCAGCUGUGUUGGUUUAGAGUUCAGGUGCGGGGGUGCGGUAUCUGCUCUGUGAGAGUGUGUGUUGUGUGAUGUACGUGAGAAGCAAAGGUUUGUGUACAGGUUGUUUGUUUGAUACUGGUCGUGUGUGUCGUCGGUGCCACAGUCGUGAAAUUCAGGAGUCAAACAGCAGCUUCUUCUUGAACUAGUGAAGGAGGAACCGUGAUGAAUCUGAUCUGAGAUCUUCAGCCUCAGAAUCAUGUGAAUGAGCUCCGGCACUGAAGCGAUGUGGCACAACUUUUCAGAGGAUGUUUGAUUGAUUGAAAGUUCUCCUGGUCUCAGAGCUGAAGUGGUGCAGGGUUUCUUUAGACUAGAUUUAACUCUGAUGUCCCCCACAGUGAAAACACUGGUCAUAUUAACAAACCUGCUCCAUUGGUCACAGGGUCACUUUA